CUUGCAAUUAGUACGAAAGGAUUAUUAAAAAAAAAAAAAAAAAACAUAUGUUUUUAUUUUUUGUGUGGAUAGAUUGUACUUGAUUAAGUAAUUUACAAUAACAAGUAAGAUUGAAAAAAUUAUAAACAAUAAUUGACUGAUGCAAAUAAAUAGUUAAGUAAUUAAAGUGGUGAAAAAAAAAAAAAAAAUAAUUUUUGUAAGCAUGACUAAAUUAAAACAGCGGGGGAAUAUCACGAGGAGUAAUUGAAUAAAGUUAACCUCAAAUAACAGAAACUAACCAAGGUAAAAUACAAAAGAACAAUGACGCAGAUGGAAAAAGACGAGAAACAAGUAGAGAAAGAUUCUCAGGAAGCCAUGGAAGUUGUAGCUGAAGAUCCACCAGCCGGAGAUGUUGAAGCUGGUGAUAAUACUGCCGAGGAAGAACGACAAUUGGUAUUAGAUUACGUAAAGGACGUAGAGAUGCGACUGGCUGCUAAAGAAGAAAUCAGAAAUUCAAAUCUCAACAUCUCGAGACCUCCCGAUUCUUAUUUCAGUAAGCUAGACUCAAAUUUAAAAAAAAAUACGACCCUAGUAAAAAAAUUGAAGAGUUUCAACGCGGCGCAAGUCGACCAAUUUUUAAAAGACAUGGCAAAUUUAAAUUUGACCAAAUAUGUGAGUGAAAUAGCAACCGCAUUGGUUGACGCAAAGUUAAAAAUGACCGACGUGCAAGCAGCUAUUAAAAUCUGUACAUUUUUACAUCAAACAUACUCAGAAUUCUCCACGCAUUUUUUUGAAAACUGGCAGCGCGUGUUGAAUUUCAAAGUAGGAGAAAAAAUAAAUAAUCCGUCAAAAUUGCGCGUUGAUUUGCGUUUCUACGCAGAGCUGGUCAACGCUGGUAUUUUCACGCAUAAGCAAGGCCUACCGCUGCUGGGGUCAGUCCUGACUGUCCUGAUAAACAUGGACAAAGAAGAGCACAAUAACGCCAAUAUUAUCCUGAGUUUUUGCAGACAUUGCGGUGAAGACUACGCAGGACUAGUGCCGAAGAAAAUCCGGGAGUUGUCUGAAAAAUUGGAGAUAGAGAUACCAAAGAGCAAAGUGCUGACCCAAGAGAAGCAGCAGAAUGUCCGUUCCUUGCUGAGAGAUUACUACAACUCACUGUGCAAGCACUUGUUGAAGGACCACAAAGAGCUUCAGGCUUUCGAGAAGCAGAACCGGAAAAUUCUUCAGACCAGAGGCGAGCUAAGUUCCGAGCGCAAGGAAAAAAUGGAAGCGCUUCAGGUGUCUUACGACCGAUUGAUCGCGAAUGUCCAAAAUUUUGCAGAAACCCUGGACGAACCCAUGCCGCAGCUGCCAGUCGCCAGCGAAGUUAAGAGUGAGUCUGAUGAUACCUUGAAGCUGAUUACCGAAAGCGAAGAAAACAGUUUGAUGGAAGACAUGUGGGGUGAUGACGAGACAAGAAGAUUCUACGAAGUUCUUCCUGACUUGACGGUCUUUCUGCCGGGUUCUUAUUUGAAAGAGGUUCCGAAGACUGAAGUUCCGAUUACUGAGGAAGCAUUGGACGAAGAAAUAAUUCUAGAAGAGCUGGAAGACAUCGAGAAGGUCGAAGAGCCUGAACCAGAGAUUGAAGAGCCUCAGGUAGCCAAUAUUAGCAACAAAAUUCUACUGGACGCGUUUCUGACCCACUUACCCAAUUGCGUGAACAGAGAGAUGAUCGACAACGCCGCCGUGGACUUCCUGAUGAAUCUCAACACCAAACACAACAAGAAAAAGUUAAUAAAAGCUUUGUUUGGAGUUUCUAGAAUCCGCUUGGAUUUGCUGCCUUUUUACUCUCGCUUGGCAGCUAUUUUGUACCCAGUAAUGCCAGACGUCGCUAACGAGCUCUGUACUAUGUUAAAGCACGACUUCAGGUACCACGUGCGCAAGAAGGACCAGAUAAACAUUGAAUCUAAGGUCAAGGUUGUAAGAUACAUCGGCGAGCUGGUUAAAUUCAAACUGUACUCCAAGAUCGAAGCUCUUUACUGUCUCAAAGUUCUGCUGCAUGAUUUCACUCACCACCACAUCGAAAUGGCCUGCAAUCUUCUGGAGACUUGCGGGAGGUUCCUGUUCUGCUCAUUGGACUCCCAUCAGCGAACCAAAGUCUAUUUGGAGCAGAUGAUGAGAAAGAAAGCGGUGACUGCUUUGGAUUCUAGAUACGUGACCAUAAUAGAGAACGCUUAUUACUUUGUGAACCCACCUGAGUCAUCAGGAGGAGUCUCUAAAAAAGAUCGACCGCCGAUGCACGAGUUCAUCCGAAAGCUGCUCUACCAAGAUCUGUCUAAGACCAACACUGAUAAAGUAUUAAAGCUGAUGAGAAAGCUCGACUGGGACGACGAGAACGUCGCUUCUUAUGCCAUAAAGUGUCUUACUGCCGCUUAUAAUGUAAAGUAUUUAAAUAUCAGGUGCGUCGGGAGUCUUUUAGCAGGCUUGGUGGCUCACUAUGAAGCGGUCGGGCCUCACGUGGUUGAUGGUGUCCUAGAAGACAUACGUCUCUGCAUGGAGAUCAAUUUACCUAAAUAUAAUCAGCGGAGAAUCGCGAUGGUUAAGUAUCUAGGCGAGCUGUACAAUUACCGGAUGGUAGAGAGUGGAGAUAUUUUUAGAACGCUUUAUCUUUUGAUCACUUUUGGCGUGAGCAUGGACCAUGCAGUUCCCAGUCCGCUGGACCCUCCUGAUCAUUUAUUUCGCAUCCGGCUGGUUUGUACGCUUCUGGAGACUUGCGGACAGUACUUCAGUGGUGGGUCUAGCAAGAAGAAAUUGGAUUACUUUCUUAUUUUCUUUCAAAAUUAUUAUUGGUUCAAGUACACAGAUCCUGUUUGGACUCCGGACAAUGUUUUUCCAAUUGGAAUUGAUUAUAUGUACCGCGACACCUUGGCGAUGUUGAGACCCAAGAUGCAGCUGUUUGCCAGCUACAAGGAGUCACAGUGUGCGAUUGAAGAGCUGAGGAACACUUUGUACCCGUCGUUGCAGGUCAAGGAUGAAGAACGCGAUGACAUGGACAUGGGAGUGAUUCCCGAAGGGGAUGAAGAAGCUGUGGGAGGUAAUGGUGGGAGUGGAGAUGCCAAAGGAAUGGCUGAGUUACAUUUUGAAGAAGCUGAGGACUUUUCAGAAGCUCAGUCGGAAGAAGACUGGGUCAUGGGAGACCGAGAUGAAAAUGCUGGAACUGCUGAGAACACUCAGGAGCAAAGUUUGUCUCAAGGAAUCAAUGAAGGAGUGAUUCUAGACUCUGCUGAGCUAGAUGCUGCGCUACCUGCUGGACCUAAAAGAGUCAACUGUCCGGAAGACGACGACUUUCUCUCGGCUUUGGAUAAAAUUGUGUCGGAUAAUAUUCAGGAUAGAAUGCGAGACAAUGUCAAGCCUCCUCAGGUUGAUAUCUCGGUUCCGAUUCAUGUUAAGAAUUCUAAGAAGACUUAUGAACAGCUUCAAGAGGGACCCUCGGAUAAGUCCACGGUUGACUUUAUUUUGAUGGUCAGGAAGGGGAAUAAACAGCAGUAUAAGAACCUCGCGGUUCCGUCGUCCUCAGAAUUGGCGAUGAACUUGAGGAAUCGGGAACAGGAACAAAAGGAAGAAAAGGAACGUGUUAAGAGGUUGACGCUUAAUAUUACCGAGCGGCAAGAAGAAGAAGACUAUCAGGAGACGAUUAAUCAGGGUGCUAGGCCUGUUACUGUUAAUUUAAAUAGGGAGAGACGCCAGAAGUAUAAUCAUCCUAAAGGCGCGCCGGACGCUGAUCUUAUUUUUGGGCCCAAAAAAAUUAGGUAGACUAUGGAAGGUAAUGAUUAUUGUUUUGGAUAAUUAAUUGUUAAUUAUUGAGGAAUAAUUAAAUACUUUUGAAACUUCCAACGUCCAAGUAUUUAUAUAAAUAAGUGAAAAAAUUUCU